AUGGCUGCUGAACCGCUUGAAGUUUACGGACCUUCGUUCAGUCAAAUGACUUCCAGCCAAUUGUGCGAUGAUGGCGAUGACAUGCCUUAUAAUGGAGACGGAGUCGUUCAUGAUAUGAAGGAGGAAGAUACAGAGGGAAUUUCUAGCGAAAAGUGGCAAGUGUUGUUUGAUUUCCUAACAGCUUUCUAUGAAGCGUGUUUGGUCGUGGUCAGUGCAUUUGAAGAAAAGGGUCCUGUACAUCAGCAUUUUGGUCCAUUUCACGGAUUCAUCCGAACGAAUGUGCAAGCAGCUGUGAUGGAUGCACCAGCCCAAGUGCAGCACUUCACUGGAAACAUUGAAAACCCAACAAAGUUCUCACUAAAAUCGGGGCAAUUUUACUUGUCGAAACCAAUAGAUUUUGAGGUAGAUGGAACACCAAGACCAAUAACACUCAUUGAGGGUCGUCUCUGUAAUCUUGAGUAUCCUUCUCCUCGCUACACUGCUGUUACGAAGCAAAUUCAAUGGGAAGAGGGUCAAGCAGUGUUUUCGGUGAAGAAUCUAGCAUCGGUCUCCUAUACCUCAGAUGGUUCUUUGCCGGAGCCAAUAGAUUUUUUGGAGGAGUGGUCGACGGAAAACUUGAAAGGUAAUAUUCUUGUGGCUACAGGAAUAGUUGGAUUAUCUGUGAAAUACUUCAAAACCAUUGUUAUUUGGAAAGGCGCCACUUGCCAAUUUUACAAGGAUUUUUGUGAAUGGCGCUUGGUUGGCAAUCCACCGCGUCAGGGCCGUAGAUGGCACGAUACAAAGGAGAUGGAGGGAUUCAAAUUCACACUGAUGCACGUUUGUCGACUAUUAUUAGUCGUAGAAAAUCAAAUUGCGUUGGAAAAGAGUGGUAUCGACAAGUUGGAAGUGGAUGACGGUGGCUUUGUCUGUUCUGAGUUGCGUGUAUCUGCAGACGAUAUAAUCAGUGGGAAAACUGUUGCACUUCCAGAAGUGUUCCUACAGUGUUAUUUCUACGCUUACGUUUACGGUAACAUAGAAACUAGUAUGGAUGCCAAUUUGGAUGGAGCUAAUCAGAAAUUCGUCGAGAAACCCAAUCGUAAAGAGUGA